AUGGAAUCAAAGCUACUCUUAAUUCCAAUCCUUGCUCUGCUCUUCACUCUGUCCUCCGCAAUGGUGGAGGAGGACGGCGGCCUCCAAUUGAGGAACGAAACCCUAGAAUUUCAGCUGGAAACGCCGUUGGAGUUCGAGGUGGAGGAAGAAGAAACCGGAGAGCGUAGAUCUCUGUACUGGCACGCGAAGAGGUACUACAUUUCCUAUGGCGCGCUAUCGGCGAAUCGAGUGCCCUGCCCGCCGCGGUCGGGCAGAUCCUACUACACUCACAACUGCUUCAGAGCCCGCGGCCCCGUCCAUCCCUACACCAGAGGCUGCUCCGCCAUCACCAGAUGCAGGAGAUGA